UAACCCAUAGACUAAAUUAUAGGACUUUCCCAUGUAACUUAGGAGACAACGUUUAUAUCCAGAACCUGGACUCCAUCCUGGACAGCAUGGGGGUCCGUUUAACCAAUGAGGAGCUGCAGGAGGUGCUGAAACAUUUGACCGUUGAUGCUGACGGAAAGGUGAAUAUGGGUAAAUGUAUGAAGGAGGUGAAAAAUGUCCAGAAAUUGUCCCUGGAAGGAGGAGACGGCAAAGUUGGCCUGCGUGCGUUUAUGAAGAGCGUGAUGAGUACACGGAGACCGUCCCAGGCUGAGAGGGAUAAGGUUGAUCUCCAGAACCUGGACUCCAUCCUGGACAGAAUGGGAGCCCAUUUAACCAAUGAGGAGCUCCAAGAAGCAUUGAAACACGUGACUGUUGAUGCAGACGGGAAGGUGAAUUUGGGUGAAUUUAUGAAGGAGGUGAGGGCUGUCCAGAAAUUGCCCCCAGGGGAAGAGGACAAAGUGGAUGUGGGGCACCUGGACUCCGUCCUGGCCGGCAUGGGGAUCCAUUUAACCCAGGAGGAGCUGCAGGAAGCACUGAAGUACAGCCCCGUUGACAGAGACGGGACAGUCAGCCUGAGUGCAUUUAUGAAGAGCAUGAUGGGUAUGCGGAGACCCUCCCAGGCCGAAAGGGACAGAGUUGAUCCUGGUCACCUGGACUCCAUCCUGGUCCACAUGGGGAUCUACUUAACCAAUGAGGAACUGCAGGAGGCGCUGAAAUUCAUGACGGUGGAUGCCGAUGGGAAGGUGAAUUUGAGCCAAUUCAUGCGAGGAGUGAGUGCUGCCCAGCCAAUGACCCAAGGACCCGAGAAACCUCAGACGACCUUUGGCCUGGUCUCUGAAACCAAUAUGACACUGAAGUCCCUGCCGAAGAAGAUGAUGUUGAAACCCCUGCCAAAAAAGACCAGCGGGGAGCUAUCUGGCAUCCUCCUAGGCAGGAAUAAGUGCAAAGCAGCGAAGAACCUGACCAUGGACCAGCUAGAAGCUUUCCACCAGGCCUAUAGUUUCUUCAGUAGGGACGUAGAUGGCAGUAUUGACCUAGAAGGCUUGGAGAUGACUGCAAAGAAGCUGGGGAUUAGUUUAACCGAACAAGAGGCCUACGAUGAACUGUCAUAUGCUGAUAUGGAUGGAGAUGGGAAGGUGAACUUCUCUGAUUUUCUGACCAUUAUCAGCGACAACAAGCGCUUCAUCCAGGCUAUAGCCCCCGAGAAAGGCAGCAUGGAGGACCUUGAUUCCGUCGACGCCUCAGGAAUCCUGUUCUUUGAGGUCCUGUCAAAGCUGGUGGAAAUGUCAGCUCUGCCAAGGAAGGCCAUGCUUGAAAUAGUCAGUUACUACCGGCAGAAGUUCCUGGCGUCCACUGGCAAGCGGGCCUGGAUAGAUGCUGGCAACUUAAUGGAUCAUGGGAAGGGACUCCACACGCUCAAAAAAGCCCCGACUCCUCAGAGAGGCAAAGUCACUCCUAUGUCUGCCUUUGCAGGUGCUGCCCGCAUCUCAGUGAUGAAUGACAAAGAGCUGGAAGCCUAUGUGGAAACCCUCAGGGCAAGCACUGUCCCCUCCGACAGUCCUUAUGCUCAGGUACCCAUCUUCCCAUUGCUUCCCAACCGGGAUGGAAUGACAGUACCGAAGCCAAAAAAAGACUUACAGAAGCUGGAGAUGCAGAGAAGGAAAGAGCCUAUAUCAUCGUUUGAAAACCACUUUUUCCGUAAAAGAAACUGGCUGCGCGAGGGAACUGCGUUCAAACUUCCUGCUUCCUUCAGAGACCGGAAAAACGCCCUUAGUCUCAGCCCUCACUUGAUGGAGAGGCAACACCGUUUGACUAUAGAAGACCUGCGUGAGAUACGACUAGAUGUGAAGAAGGUAACUGAAAUGUACAAGCAGGGGAUGGCACUCAAGGAGAGGAACAGGAUGCUAAGACUGUGGCGGAGGUUGCAUGGUGGCCAGAUUGGGCUGGAGUCAGGGAACCACAGUUUCUACCACACUUUCUCCACCUACUCGUGGUCGUGGAACACUCACCAGGAGCUGGUGACACCUAACGAACUUCAGCACUACGAUAACAAACUGUACCGCAGAGAACAUUCCUCAGCCUGCUCUGAUGACAGCGAAGUAAAGGGUGGGAUAAGGAAAGGAAAAGAAAGGAAAUGAGAAGAGCGAGCCAUGCUGCUCCAUUUUCUUAAUAUCACUGUUGACUACUAUCAUCCUCCCCACCCCAUUCUUUUCCCCAUAACAGUCUCAGGCUCUUACACAGGUCUGUCCGAGGGUAGGAAAGAGAACCGUUUCCCCUUUGCAUACUGGCUAAUACAAUGAGAAUUAAAAGAGAAACAUGUUUUUCUUCUAUCGGUCUCAGCUCUUUCUCUGUAACAAUCACUGAAUUCAGGAAUAUCACUAUAGGGGUUACACAAGAGGAUAGAUUUGGGGGUGGGGUGUCAAGAUUCCUCUAUUCUAUUCCUAGCUCUGCCACUGACUUUCUGUUCCUUGGUUUUCCCAUCUCUGAAGGGGGGCUCACACCUACCUCAGAGGGAGGGAAGCUGUAGGGGAUUCAAUGACUGAUGACCAGGGCUGUCAAUUAAUCGCGAUUAACUCAAAAAAUUAACUGCAGUUUAAAAAAAUUAAUUGCAAUUAAUUUCACUGUUAAUAGAAUACCAAUUGAAAUUUAUUAAAUAGUUUUUCUACAUUUUUGAAUAUAUCAAUUUCAAUUACAACGCAGAAUAAAGCAUACAGUGCUCACUUUCUAUUAUUUUUAUUACUAAUAUUUGCAGUGUAAAAAUGAUAAACAAAAGAAACAGUAUUUUUCAGUUCACCUCCAAGUACUCGCAAAAAGAAAAGGAGGACUUGUGGCACCUUAGAG